GUCAUGCGUCUCCUAGCAACAAGCGCACGUUUUUGCUUGAGUUCGUUGUGAUCGCGACAACUUUAAAGUCUGUGGUGGGAGGAAUUAGGAAUCUCUUUCAGUUUGCGCAAUCGUAUACCUGCCGUGACGCACUGUGUAGAACAAAACAGUGCACACUUCCUGAAAACAUCAUUCAGUGUGAGCACAGAAUUCCAGAGCCUUGGGCAGAACAAAGGGAUUAAGUCCAAUCUAGUAAUAGAAGACUGAUCAUUUAGUUUAUCCUAAGAAACAGACUUUUGCAACUGAAAAAAAAUGCCUCCACCUCGAGUAAACAAGAAACCCAGCAAUGAACCUACCACAAAAGACAACAUGGGAACUCUCGACGAUCCUUUGAAAUUCUUGGAUCAGGACUACCAGGAGUUGAAGAAGAGCUGCAUCACCAAUAAAAAGAAAUUUGUUGAUGACAAGUUCCCUCCAAACAGCAACUCCAUUGACCCAAAGAACAAACUUGAAUUGGAUCUGGACCAAAUCGAGUGGUUGAGACCAUCAAAAAUAGUGGCAGACCCUCAGCUCAUUGUACAGGGGGUGUCCAGGUUCGACUAUUCCCAAGGAUCUUAUUUAGGGAACUGCUGGUUUCUUGCUUCAGUUGGGGCUUUAACAUUUCAGAAGGAAGUCAUGGACCAGGUCAUGCCAGCUGACCAGUCAUUUGAUAAAGAUUAUGCAGGGAUAUUUCACUUCAGAUUCUGGCGGUUUGGGAAGUGGAUUGACGUUGUCAUUGAUGACAAACUUCCAACAAUCAAUGGUGAACUCAUUUUUGUUCUUUCAAAAACAUCUAAUGAGUUUUGGCCUGCCUUACUGGAGAAAGCUUAUGCCAAGGUGUGCGGCUCCUAUGCUGACAUGCAUGCUGGUCGUGUAUCUGAGGCUCUGCUGGACUUCACUGGUGGCGUCCACGUGUGCCUUGAACUAGAAAAACCUGCUAUUGAUUUGUGGAGCCUGAUGGAUCGUGCAACCAAAACUAAGGCUCUGAUGGCCUGUGGCUCCAGUCAGGGGGAAAAAUCUGAGAAUAUUUUACCGAAUGGUAUUGUUCAAGGCCAUGCAUAUACAGUGACGGGGGUUUUUAAGGUUACAUGCCAAGGAAAACCGGUGAGGCUGGUGAGAGUGUUGAAUCCGUGGGGAAGAGGCGAGUGGAACGGUGCCUGGAGUGACAAAUCAUCGUUGUGGAACAAAGUGAGUGAGAAGGAGCGAACAAAGUGCCGUUCCUUGGCCAAUGAUGGGGAGUUCUGGAUGUCAAUGGAGGACUUCACCAAAAACUUCGAAGACAUUGAUAUUUGCUGCCUCAGACCUGAUUUUCUGGACAAUUCCUCUAAAUGCAUCUGGGCAACUACAUGCUACAAUGGCAGCUGGGAAUCUGGGACCGCUGGUGGCUGCAUUAAUAGUAAAGACUCUUUCUGGACAAACCCUCAGUUUCGGGUGAAGAUUGAGGAGCUUGAUGAGGAAUGUGCUAGUGGCCAGUGUCCUGAAAACAUACUGGUGUCCCUCAUGCAGAUCCAUGAGGACAGAUACAGAAGUCUUGUUUCUAACUACUCCAUUGGCUUCAAUGUUUAUCUGAUACCACCAGAGAUGAAAGAUGAGAAAUUCCCAGCCAAGUUCUUCCACCGCAGACGUUCCGUGGAAGAUAGUGGGAACUUCAUCAAUACAAGAAAUGUGAUGAAAUUCUUCAAGCUUGAACCAGGAGAAUAUCUCAUUGUACCCUCUACUUUCCAUCCUAAUGAGUGUGCAAAAUUCAUGCUGUCCAUCUUCACAAAGACUGAAUCGCAUAGGAGAAAAAAGAAACCUGCAAUGACAUAUGUGUGAGGUUAUUAUAAAUACUGCAAGAAUAGAUUUUUGACCUCUGUAACCACUCAAAUAGGAUUUGGAGUAACCAAGCUGGUUAUUCUGUUUUUCUUUUUCUUCUACACCUCUUCUGUUCAAUAUAUAUCUGUGAGCUGUGAAAUGAAUGUUACCAUUGUUGUUUAUUUGUGAGGUUUUUGAUGUUUUGUCUCACUGUAACUGUGUGGGUCAGGUCAGUCAGUCACCAACAGUUUUAAAUGACAUUUCAGUGCGUAGUGUGAAUGACAUUUCUCAACGGUCAAAUUUAAGUAUGUCUUCAAGUGACACAGCACAAUUAUGAAAUGUACACUACCAAACAACAAUAAAAACAUAUUAUUAAAAACUUUAAUUUAUGUAAACGGUU